GCGCCCUGCACAGGAAAUCCGCUCAGCUUCUGCAAUGUGACCUGCCUGGAACUUGGGCGCUCCUUCAGUCUGGAUGUUGAUGGCAGGACAAAGGGGCACCUGGACCAUGGGCGAUGUGGUAGAGAAGAGUUUGGAAGGGCCCCUGGCACCUUCUACAGAUGAGCCCUCCCAGAAAAGGGGAGACAUGGUAGAAAUCUUAAAUGGGGAUAAGGUAAAAUUUGACGACACGGGACUCUCCUUAAUUCUGCAGAAUGGCCUGGAGACCCUCCGAGUGGAAAAUGCUCUGACAGAUGUCGUCUUGUGUGUGGACAUUCAGGAAUUCUCCUGCCACCGCGUGGUGCUUGCCGCAGCCAGCAACUAUUUCAGGGCCAUGUUCUGCAAUGAUUUAAAGGAAAAGUACGAGAAGAGGAUCAUUAUCAAAGGGGUCGAUGCUGAGACCAUGCACACUCUUUUGGACUACACAUACACCAGCAAGGCGCUGAUCACCAAGCAGAAUGUCCAGCGGGUCCUGGAAGCUGCUAACCUCUUCCAGUUCCUGCGGAUGGUGGAUGCUUGUGCCAGCUUCCUCACAGAAGCCUUGAAUCCCGAAAACUGUGUUGGAAUACUGAGGCUGGCAGACACACACUCCUUGGACAGUCUAAAGAAGCAGGUUCAAAGUUACAUCAUCCAAAACUUUGUGCAGAUUCUGAACUCCGAGGAGUUCCUUGAACUCCCUGUGGACACUCUGUACCACAUCUUGAAGAGUGAUGACCUUUACGUGACGGAGGAGGCACAGGUGUUUGAGACUGUGAUGAGCUGGGUCCGGCACAAACAGUCGGAACGACUCUGCUUGCUCCCCUAUGUCCUCGAGAACGUGCGCCUGCCGCUUCUGGACCCGUGGUACUUCGUGGAGACAGUGGAAGCAGAUCCUCUCAUCAGGCAGUGCCCGGAGGUCUUCCCACUGCUCCAGGAAGCCAGGAUGUACCACCUUUCUGGCAAUGAGAUCAUUUCGGAGCGUACCAAGCCCAGGAUGCAUGAAUUCCAGUCUGAGGUGUUCAUGAUCAUUGGCGGCUGCACAAAGGAUGAACGGUUUGUGGCGGAGGUAACCUGCCUGGACCCCCUGAGGCGCAGCCGCCUGGAGGUGGCCAAGCUCCCGAUGACGGAGCAUGAACUGGAGAGUGAGAAUAAGAAGUGGGUGGAGUUUGCAUGCGUGACAUUAAAAAAUGAGGUCUACAUCUCAGGUGGCAAAGAAACACAGCACGAUGUUUGGAAAUAUAAUUCUUCGAUCAAUAAAUGGAUUCAAAUUGAGUAUUUGAACAUAGGCCGCUGGAGGCAUAAGAUGGUGGUGUUGGGUGGCAAGGUCUAUGUGAUCGGAGGUUUCGAUGGUUUGCAGAGGAUCAACAAUGUGGAGACCUACGACCCCUUCCACAACUGCUGGUCCGAGGCUGCACCCCUCCUUGUCCAUGUCAGUUCCUUCGCAGCCACCAGCCAUAAGAAGAAGCUCUAUGUGAUUGGGGGAGGGCCCAAUGGGAAACUGGCCACAGACAAGACUCAGUGUUAUGACCCUUCAACCAAUAAGUGGAAUUUAAAGUCACCCAUGCCGGUGGAGGCUAAAUGCAUCAAUGCAGUGAGUUUCCGGGACCAUAUCUAUGUUGUUGGUGGGGCCAUGAGAGCGCUGUAUGCCUACAGCCCUCUGGAGGACAGCUGGUGCCUGGUGACCCAGCUCAGCCAUGAGAGGGCCAGCUGCGGCAUCGCGCCCUGCAACAACCGCCUCUACAUCACCGGGGGACGCGACGAGAAGAACGAGGUCAUCGCCACCGUGCUGUGCUGGGACCCCGAGGCCCAGAAACUGACGGAGGAGUGCGUCCUGCCCCGGGGGGUGUCGCACCACGGCAGCGUCACCAUCAGGAAGUCGUACACCCACAUCCGGAGGAUCGUGCCAGGAGCGGUGUCUGUCUGACUGCAGAGGCGGGAGGACCACUUGGGGAGCAGGACAGUGCGCCGGAGACCCUCCUCCUCACCUCUCACCCACCUCCAUCCCACUUCAGACAGACAGUGGGCAAGGCUUGAGUUUUAGGCCAUAUAUCAGGGGCUCCCCGUGGCUCCCCAUGGGGGCUCCUUGGAAGUCACACUUUUGGGACACUUGAGACUAGCCAGGAAUGUUUGCAUGACCUACCUCAGGAGGGAAGAAGAGUAAUAUUGAACAUUCUGGACAUACCUGUCCCAUGCCAGGUUCAGCGCCAGGCACUUUUGUGUAUCAGUUCAUUUAGCCAUCACAAUGACCUGGUGAUUGGAUGUCAUCACUCCUGUUUUACAGGUGAGGAAACUGAGUUUCAGAGAAGCUAA